AAAACGUUUCCGUUUCAUCGCGAUUUUAUCAAUUUUUUUCGACCGAAUGAAUAAUUUACGUUCAAAUGCGCCAUUUUAUCUUCGCGAUUUUCCAUUUAUUAUGCGUAAUUUCCACCACAAAAUUUUUCGCAGAAGAAGACGAGGUUCGUAAUCGAAGUCCACUACUAUUAGCUCAUUACAAAGGCUCGUAUGAAUUUCCCAAAAAGGUGUACAUAACAGAAAAAGACCAAAUACAGGAAUAUUUCUAUAAAAAGGUCGAUGAUGUAGCACAUUAUUGCCCAAGUGAAGAAGAACCUAAAGAAAAAACCAACAAUAAUGAGGUCGUCGACAAAGCUGCAGAAAGUGUAGAAGAAAACGAGGAUAGAGAAAACAAAGUUGAAGAAAGCAAAGAUGCAGAAAAAACACCCACGAGUUUAGAAUCGAGUAAUGACGACUUAAAAUAUCAGUAUUGUUUAUUCGAGAAAAAAUUCGAUAAUAAAGAAGAAAAAACAAUAUGUGCAAAAGAAGUGAAACCUUUAAUAAUUGAAAAUAAAAAACAAGAUGGCAAAGUAGAAAACUGCGGAUCAGAGUCACGUUUACUUUAUAAAUUCGCCUAUCAAAUUUGCGUAAAGAAAUCAGCGUUACAGAAACUGACACGGCGAAAAAAAGCAAACAAGUACGCAGAUGUUCAAUAUCCUUCCACCUACGAAAUCUGUUACGACCACACCAAGAAUCGAGUCAUUUUCACCAAACAUUCGAUAAAGUCAGCGUACAUGCUACGUAAUCUACGAUUGGACGGAGAGCACGCAUUGCACGAUUUUUCUAAACGACAUUCAACCGAAACCUACGGACUUGGGAACCUGAAAAAAUUGGAAAAUAUUCUGGAAGCUUAUCGACUUCAAGGAUAUUUACCCGAAGAUGAAAGGAAUUACCACUUAAUAAGAUUGGUACCCAAAGAAGAUUUCGCAUUGGGUCACUGGAUCAAGACAACACUUCAUAUUAUAAACUACAGCCUUCAACAUAAGUCCAAGGUACACCUAUGGGAAUUGAUUAAUUCACACAUCAGGUUUAGAUUAAUCAAGCUCUACGAGAAAAUACCAGAUGCGGAAAUUUACACCGGAACAUGGGGCGAGCUUAAAGAUGACGAGACAGAGAGACGAAAAUAUCUAGGAAAUAGUAGAAAAUUAGGCAUUACCAUCCCCUUGAUUUGGUGGAAGCUUCUGUACUCGGCGAAGAGACGCGAAGCAAUUGUCAUUAUAAUGCAUAAUAACUACAGUACAAAGAAACUUUGCAAAGAGAACACCGAGGCCUGCGAUUUCAGCAAAUGGCAAAUCUUCGAUGAAGUGCUAAAGAACGAUUUUCGGACAUAUGUCUACUGUUGCGAUAUGCCAUCUGCCGAAGCUGCUGUAUCGACGAUCAAUAGUACGAAUUUGAAAAUCAGUAUUUUGGAUGGCAUUUUUAAAUUAGAUUAACACUUUCAAGUUCGAUAUUCAAUUGUACAAGAGACUGGAUAACGAACUACAUAGCUUAUUGAAUUCCUUACACAUUGAAAUACAUAAGUACAUGAAUUUCAAAUUACUCACCAA